AACAUCUCCUCUUUACGGAGACUUGUGGGAAUUGUAGUAUCUCAAAGCAAAAGCCUCGCAAAGCAGGGACAAUAUGGCUUGUGAUUCUUUUUGAUGGCUUAACCGCUGUCCCCUGAUUUCUCCUUUAUUGUUCAAUGGGUGCUUUUGUUCUCCUUAACAAUUUCAAGAAUUUACCAAAUUCACACGGACUACAAGUCCCAGGAUCCCUCGCUCCUCUGCUAAUCAAUGCUGACAUUCUGAUUAUAUAGACUCUGGGAUUUUCAAGCCUGGCGUGAAGUUUAACUUCUGAUACUAUUUGUGUGGACUAAAGAAUGUGAAGAUGCAGAUUUAUUUUGAAUAUCAAGAGGUUCCCAUUAGGUUUGAUGACGUGGCAGUAUAUUUCUCAGAGGAGGAGUGGGGAUGUUUAGGAGUGGGGCAGAGACUUCUUUAUAUGGAUGUUAUGAUGGACAAUUACCAUACCCUAUGCUCUCUCGGUUGUAUCAGUGAACAACCAGACGUUAUAACCCGGAUCCAACUGGGACAGGAGCCGUAUGGAAAAUUGGCUCAGAUUGGUCCUGAGGUUGAGAUUAAGGAAGAACAGCACUGCGUACCUCUGGUACCGCAUGUUAGUAACCGGCACACACAGUACUGGUAUGUAGAGAAAACCACGUGCAGACAGCUGCCUUACAACAUGAAGAAGGUACGAGAAGACCCGUUUCUACGUCCGGAUCGUAAGCGUGAAAGAGAAUGCUUGGAAAUGACGUUUGCGACCCUAUGUGAUCCACCGUAUUACAAUGGCGACAUCCCCCCGGAACGUGUAAAUAGUAGAGUAACGGAAAACCAGCAUGGAACCAUCGCAUGGGACGGUGUCACUGGGAAAACGGUAACCGACAGCCGUCCGCAUUCAGCAGAAAAACCUUUCGCUUGUACAGAUUGCGGCAAAGGAUUUAAUCGCAGCUCCCAUCUGCUACGGCACAGAAGGAUUCACGUGGGCGAAAGGCCGUUUUUCUGCGAUAAAUGCGGAAAGAGCUUCGUUGACAGCUCCCAGCUUGUCGUCCACAAGAGGACCCACACCGGAGAGAAACCGUACACGUGUCGCAGCUGCGAGAAGAGCUUCAUAUGUAAACUGCACCUGGUGCGCCACCAGCGGUGUCACACGGGCGAGAGGCCGUACGUCUGUAAUAAAUGCGGAAAGGGUUUCUCCCAGAGUUCCAACCUUCUGACGCACUCGCGAACUCACACGGGAGAGAAGCCGUACUCCUGCGCCCAGUGCGGAAAGCGCUUCAUGCGGAGGUCGCACGUCGUACGGCAUCAGCGGAUACACACCGGCGAGGGACCUUACGCUUGCGCCGAAUGCGGGAAAAGCUUCACGGAAAGCUCGGCGCUGCUCAAACACCAAAGGACGCACACGGGCGAGAAACCCUACUCCUGCAGCCAGUGUCCAAAAAGCUUCAUGGAUAAGUCCUCUCUCGCCAAUCACCUGCGGACGCACACGGGCGAGAGGCCCUAUCCGUGCGGGGACUGCGGGAAGACCUUCUCGCACAGCUCGGCCCUGGUAAAGCACCGGCGGACCCACACCGGGGAGAAACCGUACGUCUGCGGCCAGUGCGGGAAAAGCUUCUCUCAGACCUCGGCGCUGGUCAACCAUCAGCGCACGCACACAGGGGAGAAACCGUUCUCCUGCGCAGACUGCGGCAAAUGUUUCACGCAAACCUCGUCCUUGGUCAAACACCAGAGGACGCACACGGGGGAGAGGCCGUACACGUGUCCUCAGUGCGGGAAGAGCUUCACGUACAGCUCGGUUCUGCUUAAGCACCAACGGACCCAUAAAAAGGAGAUGCAAUGUGCCUAAAGCAUUCUGAGAAAGUCCAUAACGUAAGUGAUACAGGAUGGCGCUCUUAUGGCCAUUCGUAAACUCCACAAUAAAAAAUAUCCAAUUUUCUAUAA